CACGAACCAGUACCGAUGAGCUGCCGGAAUUCGACUACAGUCUGGAAGUUUUCUUUGUACCGCGCGGUCAUCUAACGUUUCGAACCGUGCAAAAUUGCCUUCGGCAGUCCCCGGGGAUUAGUCUGAGACUCGACAUCAACCGUUUUCCGUCGCGCUCGCUAGGCAUCCAUGAACCAGAGGUUAUCGGCACGUGCAAGUACCCCAGCAAUUGAACGCACAUGACGGAAGUUACGACGUAAUAGUUGUCUGCGACUUCAAAACGUAAUUUCCUGUGGAUCCAGCCAGUGUGCUUAGUGUUGUUGCUGGUUCUAGUUGAAGUGCCCAAUUUGUUAAUAUAGAACUGGCAAGGUGAUUCGAGCCAGACAAGCAAAGGACUUUGCAAUCAUCAGAAAUGUUUUUAAAGUGUAUUGCAUACAAUCCCAAACCGUUACUAGACAGCUCAUGACCGUUAUCGGGACAUUACUUACAAGUGCGGCGGAUAAAACGCCUAUAAGAGAUCGCCAAACGCCAACUUCGGCUGAUCCUUAAAAAAAAACAUCAACAAUCAGAAUCUACCAAAAAACCCAUCAAUACUCCAGAGCCAUUUACUCAAAAGGCAAAUACCUUCGCGAUUUGUGGAAAAAUACACAGUACUUAACCUACUUUAUUCCGCUCAAACUCCUUAUAGAGAUAAUAAAGAAUCAAAACCAUCCAAGAUGGCGCUCGAUUUCGCUGCAGGAUGUCUUGGAGGAUGCGCCGGUGUACUGGUCGGUUACCCGUUCGACACGGUGAAGCUUCACCUCCAGACACAGGACUUCCGGAAUCCAUUAUACAAGGGAACACUGGAUUGUUUUCGUAAAAUUAUCGCCAAAGAAACCGUUCGUGGACUUUACCGAGGAAUGUCCAGUCCAAUGGCCGGCGUUGCCGUUGUCAAUGCAAUAGUUUUCGGCAUCUAUGGAAAUGUACAAAGAAGAACAGCUGAUCCGGAUUCACUGCAUUCCCAUUUCCUAGCAGGAACUGCGGCUGGCCUUACGCAAAGUUUCGUCUGCUCACCAAUGGAACUUAUAAAAACGAGACUACAGUUGCAGGGCAAUCUUCCAAAAGGGGCAUUCAAGUUUAAAGGACCAUUGGACUGCUUGAGACACAUAGCUAGAACGGAAGGGUUCCGAGGAGUGUUUCGCGGUUUGGGAAUAACUGCUGCCAGAGAUAUGCCUGGAUUUUCAUCCUACUUUGUAUCGUACGAGCUGAUGGUUCGUUCGGUCGACGAUCCAUCGCCAUUCAGCAUAUUAAUGGCAGGUGGAUUGGCCGGAACUAUUUCUUGGCUAUUAACAUUCCCCGUCGAUGUUGUCAAAUCUAGACUGCAGGCCGAUGGCAUGAGUGGGAAACCUCAAUACCUAGGUAUUGUGGACUGCCUACGAAAGAGUUAUGCAACGGAGGGCCUGUCGUUUCUGUCUCGAGGUUUGGCGUCGACUUUACUGCGAGCAUUCCCUAUGAAUGCGCUAUGUUUCCUAGUAGUUUCAAUCGUGAUGAAAAGUUUUGGCGAAUCCAGUUUAAAUUUAGAACUAAGCCCAGCAGAACCCCUGCUGAUGGUACAACAACCCGCCGGUGCAGUGAAGGUGACAAUGAACAAGCGCCACCACGAACUCCAUGAUAUUCAUAUUUUAAACAUUAAGCAGAACACGUAUCGCUUUUUGAGCUUCCUGGGAGCGUUCAGCGAAGCAGUCUGUUGCGCCGAAAUGGACGAACUCGCACACGAUCUUCACUCCAAUGAGGAUGGUGGCUAUUACUACUCAAAACUGAACGAAUAUCUGCAAAGCACCAAUCCAGAGUACUGCAAACGAUUCCCCUUCAUAGACUAGAAUAUGUUUGUUGAAUCCUUACACGCAUCCACUGAAACCACGUGAACUGUAUUGUUGAUUUAUAAUCUAAGUUUUAUUUAAUUGUUUUGUA